ACCUUUUCAUCUACAAAACGUUUGACGUAACAAUAUUUCACAUCUCCCCUUAAAACUUCUCGCUCUCUUCCCCAUCACACAAAGUUUUAUCUCUGUCCUCUCCAUUACACCACCUCUUUGAAGAACAAUGGGCAAUUGCUUUGCUUUGCACCAACUCACCAAGAGAAAGUCUUGCUCUCAGUCAACCACAACUAGGCAUGAAGAUGUUUUAAGGGUCAUGAAGACUAAUGGAGAGAUUUUGGAUUAUACGAGGUCUAUAUUCAUCAAGGGCUAUGGAAAUAAUGAUCAUCAUUGUUUUCCCAUAUGGAACCUGGGCAGGCCUUUUAGAGUUGCUGGCGAUCAUUCUCCUACUUUAGUAAGCAUGGAUAACACAAGUGGUUCAAAGAGAGUUAAAAUGAUUCUAACAAAGCAACAGCUUCAAGAAUUGCUAUCCAAGAAGAAGAUAGCAGUAGAAGAGAUAUGCUUCUUGGGCAUGCAAAGUGUUGCUCUGUGUGGAGUCAACUCUUCAUCAAGGUGGCAGCCAGGGCUUGAAACCAUCCUUGAAGAAAGUGAGCCACAGGGACUUCUUUGUCUUGAAUUGAAAGAGAGGGCCAGCAGGAGUGAACCUUCUCUGUUCAAAAAGUUCCAAGAUUUUCAGUAUCUUUUAUGCUUCAAUCACGUCCAAGUUAGUGCUGUACAGUCUCUAUCAAUUCGUUGAAGUUAAAACCAUCUGUGUGGAUGGUCUUCCUGUAUAUUCUUAGAUGGCAUUCAAAAUCAAACAAAAGAAGAAAAAAAAAAUGAAAGGUUUCAAAUGAUUUCUUGUGUAAUUUUAAAAAAGAAAAGCUACUAAAUUAUGAUUAAAAUAAUGUAAUAAUUACGUUAUUCUGAAUUUAACUUCGUCAAUCUUAAAUAGAGUAUCCUUUUUUUUUCGGA